AUGCGUUUAGGUCAUACAUCACGAUCAUGUGAUUUUGAAAAUUGUUCGUCAGUAUUUAAAUGCGGAGAAGAGAAAUUCCAUGUUGGGGAAUCAAAUUUGAAGGAACUUAAAAUCUCAAUAAAAAAGCAUGAAAGCGAACUGAUUAAACUUAGAACUGAACUACAAAACAAAAAAUCUGCCAUUGCGACAAAUAAAGACAGGAUCAGUCACAGAAUUGAAACAGACUUGUUUCAGUCAAGAAAAGAAGACUACUUUAUUAACGGUUCUAAGAACUGGACCUUGUUGAGAAAACACACAUAUUUAGUCGAGAAAUAUUGUAAAGACCACAUGGGGGGCAAGAUUCCAGCCAAGCAAGACGUAGGGGAACUUCUUUCAAUAGCUUUGGAAGAAAAUAAUCCCACAACGGAAUAUCAAAGGGCGAAACAAACUCAGCGUAAACAUGGAAAUCCAUUUAAACCUCAUUUAGAACGACAUGGCGUUCAUUUUCCUAGUCCCCCUAUGUGGCAUGGAGAGGAUUGUUCGUCAGCCACUGAAACCAAACCUUUGAGAGAGAAUGUUUCACCCAUUAUUUUCACUGCCCCAAGUAAUGCGAACGAAGAAAAAGAGCAAUUGUUCUAA